UACAAUGCACCAACUCAUUUUUUAAAAAAUAUCCGGCUCGAAGGACCAAUUCAAUUUUCAUUAGUUUAGUUGUCGUGCGUCGUUGCCGCAGGAGACGCUGGCGUCGGCGUCCAAUCGAAUCAUUAGUUUUACGUGUAGGAUUAUAAAAUUGUCAUUUUCGGGCUUAAAUUUUGUGAAGUUUGUUUUUUUUUUUUGAUUUUGCGUUCUUCAAGUUUUGUGAUUUUGAUUCUUUUGUUCGAGGAUUAGAAACUGUUUUGCUCUGUGGGAACUGUCAUAGAAAAGUUGCUUUUGAAAAAGAUGUCACCAGUUUUCAUCACCAGCAAUAAGGCGACAUUAGUCUAAAUUCCCUGGAAAAGGUAUUGAAAAUCAAAAUGUAGAGACACUAUAAAAAAGCGCUAGUAGUUUCACUAAUAGCCCCAUGAAAUGGGGGCAAAUAUGGGCAAGAAUGCCUCGUUACUGGACGCCUUACCAUCUGGACAAGGUACUCUGCACGUGGUGAUGCUAGGUCUAGAUUCAGCAGGAAAAACUACGGCGCUUUACAGGCUGAAAUUUGACCAGUACCUUAACACUGUACCGACGAUAGGGUUCAAUUGCGAAAAAGUUAAAGGAAUGUUGGGCAAAGCAAAAGGUGUCAACUUCCUAGUGUGGGACGUAGGAGGCCAAGAAAAACUCCGACCGCUAUGGAAAUCGUACACCAGAUGCACAGACGGCAUCGUCUUCGUCCUGGACUCAGUGGACGUGGAACGUAUGGAAGAAGCCAAAAUGGAACUCAUCCGGACUGUAAAGUCUCCGGAAAACUCUCAAGUCCCGAUCCUAGUCCUAGCCAAUAAGCAAGACUUACCUGCGGCCAGAGAGCCGAAAGACUUGGAAAAAUUACUGGGUCUGACCGAAUUGGGUAACGGCGGCGCUCCGGGCGGUCAUUUAUGGCACGUGCAACCAGCUUGUGCUAUAACGGGAGAUGGAUUGCACGAAGGGCUCGAGGUACUUUACGAGAUGAUUUUGAAACGGCGGAAACUGGCGAAAGAACGGAAGAAAAAGGGCAGAUAGGGGGGACUUGAUGGUGCAUCUUGCACCAAGACAUUUUGUUGAAGUUUUUUCUUGGUUUUUGUUAGUGCGGUGUGUUUAAUAGAGAGAUUUGGUACAAAAAGUUGGAUGUUGAUAUUGCAAAAUGCUUUAAAUGUGCAACUGCCAUCUAGGGACUGAUAUUGUGUAAGUAGUGCAAACUAGCGUGAAUACACAGUAAGUUACAACAGAAACAGUAUAAUGUUAAGGUACCAGCUGUCUGGAAGGGUUGCAACAUCUUUAGAUUUUUUGGUGGCUGAGGAUUUCAUCAUUGGCCUCUACUUCCUAUGAAGUUGUUUGACCCAUUAAAUCAAUACAAAAAAAGAAAGUGUCUGGGCGACGAUAGAAUCUCCAUUUAAAUAUUGGAAAAACUUCCCAUCAUUGUAUCUUUUCAAUCAGACUAAUUUCCCACAGAAUGAUGAUGAGUGAUGAUUCCAAUCCAUUCAACAAAAUACCAGUUUCACUUUCAGAGUAAAAUUUUCUCAAAAAUCAUAACAUGAUGCUUAACCAUGCUCACAAUUCAAACUAGUUUGCACUGGGUCAUAUAGCUUUUUUUACCUAAACAUACUUUGCACCAAAAAUUGUGAUAUAAUUUUUAUUUCGAAGCGAAAAAUAUUUUUAUGCAAGCUUACCAAAAAUAAUAUCCAUAUUGUUGUGAAUAAUUAAUGAUCCGUUCAAAUAAAUUGCAUCGAAAAAAUUUCGAAAUCCAUGAAUGGGCGCGUAUAUUCAUAUAAUUUUAGCAAAAUAAUGUAUUCUUGGUGUUUUGACCUUAAAAACUGAAAGUUGUGGGAACGUUUCGGUCUUGUUAACUACCCACGAAUCGCAAUUCAUUUAUUAUUCAUUGUUUCUCGAUUGAUUCAUUAUUUUAUUUGUAAAAAGCAACUGAUGACUGUAAUGAAAAAAAUCAGUUUCUUCUUUUACAUUAUUAUUUCAUUGAUAAUAUAAUUUCUCUAUUGAAUCAACUUAUUUGUAGGUAAAUAAUUAUAUAGGAAACAUGUGCAAUUUUAUUUAGAGGAAACCUUUUUUUCUAAAUAAAUGAUAAUUAUAAGGCCAAGUUUUACUCUCUAUAUUGGGUGGCUCAUUUUUCAUGAGCCACCCAGUAUAAUUUAUACAAAGUGCUAUAACUUGAUAACACUUUGUAUUCCAUACCAAAGGUGCUUUGUUAGGUUUUUUUUUUAUGUCUAAAACUGUAUACAGGGUGCACACAAGAAAAUCCUUUUUUAUUGUAUACAUGGUUACCAAAAAAAAAAAACGCGUUUUAUAGAGGAGGGGCGUAAAAUGUAUGUAGUUUAUUAUUAUCGUUGCUCGAUUUAUUUUAUUUUUGUGUAUAUUUAGGUAAUUUUUAAAUAAAAAAAUGACUGUUUUUCUAUGUAAUGCGCUAUAAUCUCUAAUAAGUAAUUUUAGCUUUGUAUAUUUGUCUGAUGUAGAAUAUAUUAAAGUAAUGUCUACUUACCAUGGUUUGUUAUUUAUUAAUUCUGUUAAUUAAUUGUGUGAUGAGGAUUUUUUUGUUCGAAAACAUAUCAGAAUUAAUUUUUUUCCUAUAUUGCAAGCUUAUCUGCUGCUAAGUGGAUUUUGUGCAAACCACCCACUUUUUAAGUAAAUCGAACUGUGUUAGUUAUUUAGAUUUUUUAAAAGAUAUUUUUUAUUGUUAUUUAUAUCGUAAAAUAUUGUAGCCCCGCCAUGAUUGUUGUAUUUUAUCCCUAUUCCUCCUUGUAAAUAGUGUUCCAAAAAACAAAAACUACCUAUUAUUGUGUAAAUUAUUCAUAUUUCUAUUAAACCCAAUGUUUGUUUUUAAAAUGUUUGUAUG